AACAUGUUAAAAAUUUUAACAAUUAUCUGGUGCUGGCUGAAUGAGAUCAUAGAAAAAAUACUGAUGUUGAAGAAACGUAAGAGUAUAAACGGCCAGUUGGUGUUCAUAACGGGGGCUGGGGGCGGCAUUGGAAGGCAGCUGGCCCUCAAGUUUGCUGCCGAGAAUACGAAAUUAGCCCUUAUAGAUAUCGACAAGAAAAGUUGUGACAUGACGGCCAGGCUUGUUGAAAAUUCAUACAACGUCAAAUGCAUUCCAUACGUGUGUGACGUUUCAAACAGAGAUGACGUCAAAAAGGUUGCCGCAAAGGUCAAUAGGGACUUAGGUGAGGUCAACAUUCUCGUGAACAACGCGGGCAUAGCAAAUUACAAAACAAUGUUAGAACUAACUGAAGAAGAAAUUCGAAGACUGAUUGAUGUUAAUCUGCUUGGCGCGUUUUGGACAAUCCAAGAAUUCUUACCCGAAAUGUUCCGGAGAAACGGAGGUCACAUCGUGAACAUCUCCUCGAUUGGAGGCUGUCUGGGAGUGGCUCUCUGUUGCGACUACUCAGCUUCUAAAUUCGGCUUACGAGGACUAUCAGAGUCAUUGAUAGAAGAGAUGUUCCGAUACAAGAGAACCGGUAUUCGUGUAUCGGUUGUAUACUCAUCAUUCGUCGAUACCGAUUUGCUUAACAAAAUACCGGAGGAAUAUAGUGUAAAACUCGUGUCACCUGAAAAGUUAGCAGACGACGUGCUAGAUGGUGUUCUCAGGGAUCAGAAACAUAUAUUCGUCCCGAAACAAUUAUGGAAAAUCAAUGCACUGACAAACUUACUACCAACAAAAACAAUGAUGACUCUGCGAUGUUUGUAUCCUAUUGGUACCAAGUAUGAUGAGGAAGAUUUACAGAACGUACAGUAGACGGAUGUGGGUAUCAUGAUAUCACUCUCUCUCUCUCCAUCUUUUCUCUAUUAUCCACCUGUCUAUCUAUCUAUACAUCUUUACUUUUAAACAAGGUCCUAUGAUAUUAUCUUUUACCAUGUGACUCAACUUACUAAAACUUAUCGAAUAUACAGACACAUAUUUCAUUUUAUGUUUUUGUAUUUCUUAUCGGAAAUAUUAUUAUGCUUAUGUGUGCGCGUGCGUGUGUUCUAUCUCAUGAAUUAUAUAAAAUAAGCCGAAUAAAUGAAUGAAUAAAUAUAAAAUU